UGGCAUUCUUACAGUGUUCCGUUAUGUGUAAAACUGCCCUUUUGGUGGUCUGUUGGUCAGUUUUGUCUUACAGUGUUCCAUUAUGUGUAAAACUGUCCUUUUGGCGGUCUGUUGGUCAGUUUUGUCCGUUAUCCUGGCCAGAAGUGUCCCUUGUGCAUGCCCGAAAGAUCGAGCACCAGUUUGUGGGGAGGACGGUUUUACAUACGAUAAUACUUGUUUGAUGGAAUGCGCAGGUGUGCAGGCCGCCGAGGAGCCGGCUUCCUGCUGUGUAUGUCGACUGAAUUAUAACCCAGUAUGUGGUGAGAAUGGCAAGUCCUAUGGGAACCGAUGUAUGUCAUCAUGCAGAGGGGUGAUGGUUGUGCAUAAUGGUGAGUGCUAUCGAUCAACCACGCCGGUCACGUGUUCAGAUGAGUACAACCCCGUGUGUGGAGCUGACGGGAUUACUUACGGAAACCGAUGUAAAGCCAUGGCGGCGAACGUGGAAAUCACAUCAAAUGGAGAGUGCCCAAGGCAAUGUGACUGUCCCAAUGAUUACAGGCCUGUGUGUGGGAGCGAUGGGAAGACGUAUCUAAACAUCUGUGUGGCUGAGUGUGUCAAUGGAGUUUUCGUAACCAAAGGCGGAGAGUGCGAACAAUCAGAGACCGGAGUGGACGUAGUGGAGAGCUGGGGUCUCCUGGAUCUGAUUCCGUCCACUGACCGAUAGGACUGACCGAUAGGCCUAUACAUCUCAUACAAGGCGUCUUUGUAUUUACUAUUGAACUUUAACUUUAAAAAGAUGUAUUUUUAAAAACAUAUCAUACUGUGAGA